AUGAGUUCAAUUUCAAGAGCUUUCACCACCAGGAGGGUGAAGCAGAGCGUCGACAUCGCUGCCAGCAAGAAGGAAAAUUCGGCAUCGCAGCGAAACAAAUCGGUGCGCACGCAAAUCUCGGCGCCUCUUGAGUUGAUUCAUACUACCAACAUGCUCUCCUACAAUGCGCCCGAUAUCGCCCGAUCAAAUUCCAUUAGCACCACCGAUGGCCCGGACAGUCCUGCCACCGUCGGCUCUACGCCCCCGACGAGCCCUGAUAUUGACACUGUUGGCACCAAGGAGGAGUUCCGGUCUCCGGCCCCCAACCACCUCUCCUCCUACUUCACGCCUCCCGCCGAGGCGGCUGGCGGACGUGUGACACCAGAAGCGACACCCGCACCUGCCAUUCCCAAGCGGUCACCAUCUCACACAAUGAAGUCUUCCCUCGACGCCCUCGCCAAGCAGCGAUCCGUCUCGACCAUGUCGAAGGAGUCGGAUCGGACCGUGUCCACCAAAUCCAGUGUUACCUUCUCGAGGACAUCUUCCACGUCAACUGCGCCCUCGACCAUGUCGCAACACUCGCUCGCCUCUCCGACCAAGACGCCGGUGCCGUCGGUGCCGUCUGUACCGUCGGUUCCGUCGAUGCCUCCUCCCGUCACCUACCAGCAACAACAGAAACCGGCGGUCAACGCGGAGCCGCCGCACCCCUUCGUCCGCGAGCUAGAGCAGGUGUCGGAGAUUGCUGAAGAGUUUGGCAUCAAGCGCUCCGUUUUGGAAGAGGAGGAGCGCGAGCUGAAGCGGAGAGGCCUACGCAAGAUCAGCCCGGAAGUCUACUUGAGCGACGUGCAGGCCCUCUUUGCCACGUUUUAC